AUGACUUCUCGCGAAUUCACAUCUACCCAACCUCAAAUUGUGACUGUAGCGAAACCCAAAGUAAGUGACUUCGCAGGACAAGUGUUCAUCGGAGCUGAAAUCCGUGAUGCCGUAUCGGGUGUUUCUGGAGUUCCAGCCACGCAACAUGAAGAUGCAGUGACACAAGUUGAGAUAGAACAGCUGAUUACGAAAACGUCAUCUCAUGUUGAAGAAAAGCGAAUUGUAAAUGUCACCUCCUCAACAGAAACCCCAUUAGUGGAAGCAACCACAACUGCGACAAUGACUGAGGUUAGAAUUGAACCAGCACAGCCUGUUGUUGUGCAUUCGAUUCCUCCAGCUCCACAGAAAAUAAUAGAGACUGAAACCAUUGGAAUUCAAUGGCUUGCAGAUUUAAAGGCUGUAGAAGUUCAAGCCGUCGGUGAGGUCAAGGAAAAACCCAUAACUCUAUCAUUCGCAUCCCAAGUAGAUUUGAUUCCAUUCCAAACGGCAGUAACAACGCUUAUUUCAGAAGUACCACGCUCAGAUUACAGAUCUACUGCAACUAUAACGGAAACUAUGGUGGAACCUACCAAGGUUUCAGUUCAGGCUAUUCGACCACCUCAGUCUUCUCCGAUAACCACCUCGAGUAAAUUGUACCUGGACCAAAUCAAUACUGGAAUCUCACCUCCAACAAUGGAGCUUUCAACUACCGUGUCGUCAAUUCCAAAAGUAUCAAUGAGUUCACUCGGUAUCAUGACUGAACUAAUGGCUGUGCAAGCCGAUGGAUGGACUCAAGCAGAUUACGUGGAACCUGAGACAGUAAUACAGAGUCGAAUAGACAUAUCCACAGUUGAAACAGCACCCCCGGUUCAACCUACAAUGGUCCGAAUUGGCGGUUUGCAGACACCCUACCAAACACGUCACGAGGGAGUAACAUCAGAAGUAGAAGUGGAAAAACCACUUGCUAAGGUAGAAAUCUCUUCCGCCCAAUGCCCUAUCCCAGCUAAACUCACUCUAGAAACAGCUACUUCUCAAUGUAUUUACAUUCCUGAACGCUAUCAGGCUCCUACAAAAGAAGUGCCUCCACCAAAGGCAGUCAUGCGCACCCAUGAAGUACAAGUUUCCUUACCUCAAGCAGAGCUAAUAUCGAGUGCUUUGGAAGUAGGCCACGUUGACGUUGGUAUUCCCGCUCCAGAAAGGAGGGCUGUGGUAAAUCGAGGAGUUGAGACAAUCACAAUUGAAGAACCUGAGCCUACGAUCAAACCUGUAGAACAUAUAAUUGUUAGUGAGGCACCUCCGUUGGUGGUCCAGCCGUUGCCUGUCAAGAUAAGAUACGGUAAAAUCGAAACACCGAUUCAGGAACGAUACGAGGUUAUUCAUGAGCAACCAGUGAAGUUGGAGAGUAUGGCAAUAGCUAAUGCCGGUAUCCGAGUUAUUGACGAGGUGUUAGUACGAUCCACUGAAACUGUUUUAUCUACUAAAACCGUAAACUCAUCCAUGCAAACUGAUCUCGCUGUUAAAGUUCAAAGUCGAGCAGUGUCCACUGGAGAGGUAAUCGAAUCACCACGCUCGCCAAAAUUGACAACGAAAUCCGGAUAUAUGCAAGUGCAAUCUUCCGUACCAGUACAUGUUAAACCACAGACCGGUGAAAAGUACUGCAACACUGAGAGCGUUCUGUUGACUCAAAAGUCGGUGCAAGUUACAUCAGUGGAAAAACCAAGAGAAGUCAUGGAGAUAGUUGUAGUUACCACCCAAACGGAAGCCAUGGAUGUGAAGGCAGAGCUGACUUGUGAGUACAUUGAAAAGGCAAAGGAAAUGACGACCUCAUCAGCUGUAUUCGAUAAACCAGCUAUGGGUUCAACUUCUACUAUGACUGAAAUGCUGAUUGAGCCAACAAAACCUGCCGUCGUGUUCUCAACUCCCCCUCUACAACUACCAGAACCAAUUCACAUGAAAAUUGCAGCAUCCGAAUGUAUACCACGCCUUAGCGAUACAAUUAUUGAGGCUCCAUCAAUCUCAAUAACUGAAGCAGUGGUUGAGUCAGUCAAGCAAACACUUGAUGUCCCAACAAACACCUUGACAAUAGAAUGCAGUGAUAGAAACAUCCAAACACAGAGUGUGGUUUCAACUAAGAAAACAGAGGUUGCUCUCAAACCUGUCCAACCCUCAGAAGUAACAUCUAGUAUUGGUGGUCCAGUACUCAAAAAUGAAGGUAUCUCUGCCGUAGCAGAAGAACAAACUACUACCAUUACCUCUGUGACCGAGGCUCCGGUUGUAAAGGUUUCAACUAGGAGCGUUGGUAUCACGCCUGAUGCAGCUCCAGUUGGCCUUAGUCGUGGUACAGAAACUGUGGCCAUGGAAGUAACUGUUCCAAUUAUCAAGCCUGAACAAGUAAUUGUAACUCGUGAAGCGCCGCCAAUUGAACGCCCUCGGUUGAGAUACGGAAAGGAACAAACUCCAAAGGUGCCAACAUCGAAGGUGAAGUAUAUUGCUGUGGGAACUCCUGUACAAGUUAAGACUGUCAUGAAACUUGGAGAAGUCCAAGCUGUUCAGGAAAUACCCAUAUCUGGAGCCACAAGUAGCCUCAUAGAAUCAAUACCUACCAUUGAGAGAGUGCAGGUGUCCACAGUGGAGCAGAUGGUAGAAAAACCAAAAGAAGUUGUCUCCGCCAUACCAAUGGUAUUGAAGGCAACUUCAACAUCGUCAAUACAAGUUUCUCCACCGGAGGGUAGAUCAACAGCAACUAUAACAGAGAGUCGAAUUGAGCCAACUAAACAAGUCGUUGUCCACGCUUUCGCUCCAGCUAAGCCUCUGGAAAUCGCAUCCACUGGUUUGGAUAUCGGGCAGACAGAUACACAGACUGACGUACACAGCGAGGGUUUGCUAACAACUGUAUCUUCAGUAGUUGAGCUCCCUAUCCGUCAAUCUGAAGUAACAAUAGGAGCAGAAGUCAAAUAUUCGGAUGCUCAAACAACAGCAGAAGCUGAAGAACUCAAAACACUUGUGUCUUCUUGGGCAGAAGAAGUGAUCAUCAGAACAAUACCUGCACCAGUUGUAGAAGCACCACCACCAUUGCCAAUGACACCAAUUCUCACGUCUGUAAGAUACAGAGGAGUGCAAACGCUUGGAAAGAAGCAUCUUGAAGCUGCUUCAGGCACAGAACCCACAGAAUACAAGACAUCUCUUUCUGGUAGACUAGAGGCAGUGAAAUCUAUGAACAUUCACGAGGCCCAAACGAUUAUUGAGGAGCAAGCAGUUAAGCCUGCAAUGGUUUCGACAGGAAUUCAACCAAUUGAAGAAAGUGUGGCUCCAAUCGAAGUUGCGAAACAGUCCUCAGUUACGACUGAGUGGGUUGUAGAACUUAAGGACAGAUCGUUGCUAACUGAAACUCCAUCAACUACGGAUGUUAGUACCACAGAGCCGACUCUUGAAAUUCACUCAGUGGUGUCCUCAGCGCUUCAGGCAGAACCUGAACAAAUUAUUAAAGAAGUAGUGGCUGAACCAGUAGUUAUGGCGGCACCACCUGUAGCGAUGCGAUUCGGAAAAAUGCAGACACAAAUCCAACAGUAUAACAGUACUGCAACAAUGACUUCUCGCGAAUUCACAUCUACCCAACCUCAAAUUGUGACUGUAGCGAAACCCAAAGUAAGUGACUUCGCAGGACAAGUGUUCAUCGGAGCUGAAAUCCGUGAUGCCGUAUCGGGUGUUUCUGGAGUUCCAGCCACGCAACAUGAAGAUGCAGUGACACAAGUUGAGAUAGAACAGCUGAUUACGAAAACGUCAUCUCAUGUUGAAGAAAAGCGAAUUGUAAAUGUCACCUCCUCAACAGAAACCCCAUUAGUGGAAGCAACCACAACUGCGACAAUGACUGAGGUUAGAAUUGAACCAGCACAGCCUGUUGUUGUGCAUUCGAUUCCUCCAGCUCCACAGAAAAUAAUAGAGACUGAAACCAUUGGAAUUCAAUGGCUUGCAGAUUUAAAGGCUGUAGAAGUUCAAGCCGUCGGUGAGGUCAAGGAAAAACCCAUAACUCUAUCAUUCGCAUCCCAAGUAGAUUUGAUUCCAUUCCAAACGGCAGUAACAACGCUUAUUUCAGAAGUACCACGCUCAGAUUACAGAUCUACUGCAACUAUAACGGAAACUAUGGUGGAACCUACCAAGGUUUCAGUUCAGGCUAUUCGACCACCUCAGUCUUCUCCGAUAACCACCUCGAGUAAAUUGUACCUGGACCAAAUCAAUACUGGAAUCUCACCUCCAACAAUGGAGCUUUCAACUACCGUGUCGUCAAUUCCAAAAGUAUCAAUGAGUUCACUCGGUAUCAUGACUGAACUAAUGGCUGUGCAAGCCGAUGGAUGGACUCAAGCAGAUUACGUGGAACCUGAGACAGUAAUACAGAGUCGAAUAGACAUAUCCACAGUUGAAACAGCACCCCCGGUUCAACCUACAAUGGUCCGAAUUGGCGGUUUGCAGACACCCUACCAAACACGUCACGAGGGAGUAACAUCAGAAGUAGAAGUGGAAAAACCACUUGCUAAGGUAGAAAUCUCUUCCGCCCAAUGCCCUAUCCCAGCUAAACUCACUCUAGAAACAGCUACUUCUCAAUGUAUUUACAUUCCUGAACGCUAUCAGGCUCCUACAAAAGAAGUGCCUCCACCAAAGGCAGUCAUGCGCACCCAUGAAGUACAAGUUUCCUUACCUCAAGCAGAGCUAAUAUCGAGUGCUUUGGAAGUAGGCCACGUUGACGUUGGUAUUCCCGCUCCAGAAAGGAGGGCUGUGGUAAAUCGAGGAGUUGAGACAAUCACAAUUGAAGAACCUGAGCCUACGAUCAAACCUGUAGAACAUAUAAUUGUUAGUGAGGCACCUCCGUUGGUGGUCCAGCCGUUGCCUGUCAAGAUAAGAUACGGUAAAAUCGAAACACCGAUUCAGGAACGAUACGAGGUUAUUCAUGAGCAACCAGUGAAGUUGGAGAGUAUGGCAAUAGCUAAUGCCGGUAUCCGAGUUAUUGACGAGGUGUUAGUACGAUCCACUGAAACUGUUUUAUCUACUAAAACCGUAAACUCAUCCAUGCAAACUGAUCUCGCUGUUAAAGUUCAAAGUCGAGCAGUGUCCACUGGAGAGGUAAUCGAAUCACCACGCUCGCCAAAAUUGACAACGAAAUCCGGAUAUAUGCAAGUGCAAUCUUCCGUACCAGUACAUGUUAAACCACAGACCGGUGAAAAGUACUGCAACACUGAGAGCGUUCUGUUGACUCAAAAGUCGGUGCAAGUUACAUCAGUGGAAAAACCAAGAGAAGUCAUGGAGAUAGUUGUAGUUACCACCCAAACGGAAGCCAUGGAUGUGAAGGCAGAGCUGACUUGUGAGUACAUUGAAAAGGCAAAGGAAAUGACGACCUCAUCAGCUGUAUUCGAUAAACCAGCUAUGGGUUCAACUUCUACUAUGACUGAAAUGCUGAUUGAGCCAACAAAACCUGCCGUCGUGUUCUCAACUCCCCCUCUACAACUACCAGAACCAAUUCACAUGAAAAUUGCAGCAUCCGAAUGUAUACCACGCCUUAGCGAUACAAUUAUUGAGGCUCCAUCAAUCUCAAUAACUGAAGCAGUGGUUGAGUCAGUCAAGCAAACACUUGAUGUCCCAACAAACACCUUGACAAUAGAAUGCAGUGAUAGAAACAUCCAAACACAGAGUGUGGUUUCAACUAAGAAAACAGAGGUUGCUCUCAAACCUGUCCAACCCUCAGAAGUAACAUCUAGUAUUGGUGGUCCAGUACUCAAAAAUGAAGGUAUCUCUGCCGUAGCAGAAGAACAAACUACUACCAUUACCUCUGUGACCGAGGCUCCGGUUGUAAAGGUUUCAACUAGGAGCGUUGGUAUCACGCCUGAUGCAGCUCCAGUUGGCCUUAGUCGUGGUACAGAAACUGUGGCCAUGGAAGUAACUGUUCCAAUUAUCAAGCCUGAACAAGUAAUUGUAACUCGUGAAGCGCCGCCAAUUGAACGCCCUCGGUUGAGAUACGGAAAGGAACAAACUCCAAAGGUGCCAACAUCGAAGGUGAAGUAUAUUGCUGUGGGAACUCCUGUACAAGUUAAGACUGUCAUGAAACUUGGAGAAGUCCAAGCUGUUCAGGAAAUACCCAUAUCUGGAGCCACAAGUAGCCUCAUAGAAUCAAUACCUACCAUUGAGAGAGUGCAGGUGUCCACAGUGGAGCAGAUGGUAGAAAAACCAAAAGAAGUUGUCUCCGCCAUACCAAUGGUAUUGAAGGCAACUUCAACAUCGUCAAUACAAGUUUCUCCACCGGAGGGUAGAUCAACAGCAACUAUAACAGAGAGUCGAAUUGAGCCAACUAAACAAGUCGUUGUCCACGCUUUCGCUCCAGCUAAGCCUCUGGAAAUCGCAUCCACUGGUUUGGAUAUCGGGCAGACAGAUACACAGACUGACGUACACAGCGAGGGUUUGCUAACAACUGUAUCUUCAGUAGUUGAGCUCCCUAUCCGUCAAUCUGAAGUAACAAUAGGAGCAGAAGUCAAAUAUUCGGAUGCUCAAACAACAGCAGAAGCUGAAGAACUCAAAACACUUGUGUCUUCUUGGGCAGAAGAAGUGAUCAUCAGAACAAUACCUGCACCAGUU